ACAUUUCCAACCAAAGAUGAGGACUUUGUGAAACACAGACAGUAGAGACUGAAAGCACGUUCACAUAUCCAGAUAUUUUUUCCUCUUUACUUUUAUAAAACUGCCACCAGUGGCAGCACCUCCUUAUCAUCGCCACGAGCAAUGGGAGUUCUAAGCUACAUCUCAGUGAACUCCGCAGCCACACCCAUCUCUCAGGACCCUCCAGUCACACCUGUGCCUAACCCAAGACAGACCAAAGUGAUUCUUCCCAACAAGAAGCCCCUGAAAUGGUCCACUGGGAUGGCUCCGGGCGAUUACGGUGGCCCACCGACCACGUCGAAGCUUAGAAAGUACUGGGGUGGUGAAGAAGAGGACCCUUUGAGCUCUGAUGACUUUAUGUGGAACAAGGACUUCAUGGGUCGGUUUCAAAGAUUGGUUAAGAACAACGACUCUUCCAUUGAGGCCCCUCCGGUUAAGGAAGAGCCAUCUGGUUUUCUAAGCUUAAAUAGAGUCAUGAGCCUUGACAGUUUGGAAGUUGAUUUGAGUAAAGAACUCACAACUCCUUUAAAGCCAGGGUUGGAAGAGAAAGUUGAGGCUACAGCUCAGACUGGUGGCCGCAAGUCACCCAGAUGGAAACUGGUACCAACUCGGCGUGAGCAAGAGAAGUGGGAUAGAGCAAGCAAAGCUGCAACCGGAGGCAGUGAUGUGAUGUUUCGGGAAUUAAGGCGGCCUCGUGGAGACCCAGAGGUGUUGGCUGCCCAGUGGAGAGAGCAGUAUUUUAAGUUAAAGAAGAAGUUACAAAUUCUCACUCUGGGUAUAGGCGGUGUUGGUUUAGUCUCUGCUUAUGUUUCUUAUUCUCCUGAAAUUGCUGCUAGCUUUGGUGCUGGGUUCCUUGGUUCCUUGGUGUAUAUGCGUAUGCUAGGGACUAGUAUUGAUGCAAUGGCAGAUGGAGCAAAAGGGGUUGUCAAGGGAGUGGCUGCACAGCCAAGGCUUUUGGUUCCUGUUGUACUGGUCAUGAUCUAUAACCGGUGGAAUGGGAUCCUCGUUCCAGAAUACGGAUUUAUGCACUUAGAAUUGAUACCCAUGUUGGUGGGAUUUUUCACUUACAAGAUUGCGACUUUUGUUCAAGCUAUAGAGGAGGCGCUUACUGUGGUUGGGAAAGAGACCCAAGUUUAAGAUAGAUCCUCUUCAUACAUUGUUGGAAUUUUCUUGUUGUACUUCUGAUUAUGGCUACUAGAGAUGAUAAGAACAUGCAAUGUUGUUUACUGGCUGCUUGGAAGUGACGUUUCAGUUAGAGAUACGCCGAGAAUCAUCAAAACAAUUUUCUCAUUGUUGCUACUUCUUUUAAAAGUUCUGAAUAUAGCACAAUUUUCUCCAUGUACAA